CGCUUUGUUUCAAACGGCAGGAUACACCACACAGGAAAAAUGAAAAACAGCUGCCUCUGCUGACGCGAGAAACCCGCCGUCUCUGCAGCUUAAAUAAAAUGACGCUCACAGCUCUCUUUGCUCUCUUCACAACCGUUUGUUUCGCAGGUCUGGUACCUGGAGAUGCAGCAUGGAGCACGUCUGUGUGUCAGAUACCCGAGAUUGCGACAAAAGAAGGAGCAGAUGUUACAAUCACCUGUCAUAUUAAAACUAAUUCAAGCGUGCAGAGAGUCAUGGUUAAGUGGUUGCGAGAUAAUCAAGCAGUGAGCAAAACUGUUUUGUCUGCUUUUCCAUCUCCUGUAAAUGGAUCUGUGUUUUUUAACGCAACGCUGCAGCUGCAGUCAGUGCGUCUACAUCACAGUGGCAUCUAUUACUGCACAGCUCAGUCGGAUAUACCUACACUUGGAUCUGUUGAAUAUGGAAAUGGGACGUAUUUAUAUGUGGAAGCAGUGAAAACACCAGAUCUCACACCUGGGACACUUCCACCAAUCGCAUAUAAUUCAGACACAGUAAGGUGGUCGGUGCUUUCAGGGUUGGCUUUUAUUUUGCUGGUCAUCUGCACUGCCUGCGUUAUUCACAUACGUUCUAAAGGACGCAGCAGAAUAGAACCUAGAGCGAAAGAAGCCCUGGUCGACGCUACCGGCGGAUCACAGUGCCCGGACACUCAUGUUGUUUAUGCAGCAUUAAAGAUUCCUCGAGACGGCGUGAAAUCAAGAAAUGAGAACUGUCCAGCUGUGACACUCACUUCAGUGAUCUGCACCGAGGAAUCAGUCACAUACUCUGAGGUCCACAUAAAGAAAGGACCAAAAGAUGAAGGUUAAGCAGUAUUUGACUGAAUUCUAUUCACACUGUAAUCUCUUUUACCUUGCUUAUGACUGUCAUCAACGGUCUUUUAUUGGCACUUCAAGCUUUUUGUCCUCUCCGGCCCAGUUCAGUAAAUGCAUUUCAGUAAAAGUGCAUUUUUCUUUGUUUCUUCAUGUAACGCUUGUGAAGAUAAAUGUUAAAUGCUGUGGGCUCAAAGUGCAUGCGUAUAGUUUUUUUUCAUUCUUCAAAAGGUGACGGUCAAACCCACGUGCAACCUCGCAAAAAUGCAUGAAUUAUGUUUCGCGAGUUUAUUUGCCAGUAGUUGAAUUUUUAAUACUAUAAGUGCACCGAAUAGAUACUGUUAUAGUAUGAAAUUACUUUAUAGGAAACAAACUGAUAAAACGAAAUUUAAAAAGAGAGAAAAUGUAAUGCGUGCAAAGUUUUAUUUCCAUUUUUUAACCUUCGUAUCACACACACAAAACAAUAUUUGACUGAAAAUAUUGACGCCUAAAUUAACAUCCAAGUCAAAAAUAUUAAAGUCACUUAAUCAAAUAAAUUAUUUAUAUCAAUAAAACUAUAUUUUGUGUGUUAAAAUAUCUCUUUAAGGUUACCGCGACAGUGUUGAUAGCACGUUUUGUAGCAAUAAUCGAGAAAUUACAAGAAUUUAACUCUUUAAUAAACAGAAGGGAUGUUUUUUUUUAGCAAAGAUAGAUAAGUUUUGCUGCCUACGCAACCCCAUUCAGGGACUUGACGGUAAAAGCCCUAGUCAUAUGCUUUAACAACAAGAUAACGCUGUUUCAUCCUGAGCAAAAUCUUUAGUUUCAGUAUAUUUUCACAAAUGUCCCUUGAAAACAGAUUUCUGUGUGGGGGAGUUCAGCGCUUGCUCUCAGAAGACAGAAUCAGUAGCUCCGUAGGCGAUUUGACAUGAUCUGAACCCACAGGUGAACCAAAAAAGACGUGACUCAUGCCGUUUUAUAUCACGUAGGAGUCUUGCAAUUUGAAAUAAUUGAAUCGGCAUUCCCCAAAUUGACUUUGAAAUUUUUUUUAUUUCAUUUUUCAGAGGGUCAAGCUUCAAACGAGAAACAUUAAAACUUUCAAUUAAUAACAGCCAUACUGUUUACUUCGUAAAAAGUGUUAUAUUAGUGUUGCUACUUUUUUUUUUUUUCUCACCGGUACCAGAAUCUUCAGUUAAUUGAAGCGUAUUUAUAUUCCAAUGAACACUUUAAACCUCUAAAAGAGAUUAAAGGAAUCGUGUUAUGAAUAUAAACUUGGUAAAAGCAACAUAACAGCGUGGAAAUAGGGGUUACAAUUCACAUUUUAAAACAUCUUACUGAAGAUAAUACAUUAGAUCAUGACAGCACCGGACAUGCUUUCACUCUCAAACACACACACACACACACACACACACACACACACACACACACACACUCACUCAACAGUAGCAUCAUUCACAUUUCCUUCUGUCACCAAAAAAAAAAAAAAAAAAAAAAAAAAAAAAAAAAAAGUUCA